AUAGCGGACCCGGUCUCGGAUUCAAAUUGCUUUGCUUCUUCUUCUCAUGAGGAAGGAGAGGGAGGAGCUGAGUAAGAAAAGAGAUGGCGGAGAGUGAAUACAGAUGCGUGGGAUGUGGGUUUAGGGUUAAGUCAUUGUUCAUUCAAUACUCUCCGGGCAACAUUCGUCUGAUGAAAUGCGGAAACUGCAAGGAAGUAGCAGACGAAUACAUCGAGUGUGAACGCAUGAUUAUUUUCAUUGAUUUAGUUCUCCACAGACCCAAAGUAUAUAGGCACGUCCUCUUCAAUGAAAUCAAUCAAGAAACCGUUAAUAUUCAGCAUCUGUUGUGGAAGUUGGUCUUCGCGUAUAUUCUUCUAGAUUCGUAUAGAAGCUUGCUACUGGGAAGAACUAAUGAGCAAACGAGCUUGGUUCUGAUAACUGUGAAGGUUCUAAUCGACGUCCUGUCUACAAAUUUUGCAUUUCUCUGCUCUUUUGCCCUUGCUGCUAAGAGUUUGCUAAAUGAAGUUUCCAGAAAAAGGGAGAUUCUUUUGGGGAUAUUAAUUUCAAGUUACUUCAAGAUCUUUCUGCUAGCGAUGCUGGUAUGGGAGUUCCCAGUGACAGUGAUCUUCAUUAUAGAUAUACUUGUCCUAACAUCCAACUCCAUGGCUCUUAAAGUGAUGACUGAGUCAACCACGAGCAAAUGCAUAGCUGUAUGCUUAAUCGCGCACACAGUUAGAUUCUUGGUAGCCCAGGUCUUUGAGCCAACAACAUUCUUCACACAGUUUGGGUCUCUUGUAUAUCUGUCUUCUUUGUUCAGAAUCCUAUGAUUCCACCGAUCAUCUUCCACUACUGUAAUCUUUUUCUUUAGAAGAAAAGAGAACCUUUGCAGUUAGCAAUUUAUCACUACAAAUGUAUUGGAUUACUAUGUACUCAGAUAUUACUUAGUCCACUUAAAGAGUUGAAUCAGGCCUUUAC